AUGGCUUUUCAAAAAAGGCACAAAAUUUUAAGAGCAUCAAUGUGCCUGGAUAGAAGCAUUGCUAUUUUAAAAUGUGCAGGCGUUUGGAUGCCAGACUUAGAUCGCCCAUGGAAUUUGUGCUAUACAAUUUUCGCCUGCCUUUUACAGUUCUUUCUAUUUUUCUGCAUUGUUUUAGCUGAAGUAAGCUAUGUAUUUACGGUGAUGGAUGAUACAAACCGUACAAUUGAAGCUACAGUACUACUUUUCACACACAUCAUCCAGGGCGUGAAAGUACUGACUAUCGUGCUGCGACAAGGUCGGAUCAAACGGCUUAUCAAAUUCAUUGAUGGACCUGACUUCACAACACUAGAUCCUCAAAAGCAUGAUGUCAUAGAGAAAACAAUUAAUAUUGCAACAAUCAUUGAACAAGCGAUAUUAGGUGCAGUCAUACCGGCUGCGAUGUUUUGGUGUAUAGUCCCUGCAUUCCAAUCUGAUACUUCCCUCCCUUUGAAGACUGUUUUUCCUUUUGAUUGGAAAAUAAAUCCUAUGUUCGCAAUAACGUACGUAUAUACUUCAAUCAGUGUAACAGUGCUGGCUGUAAGUGAUGCAGCUGAAAACUUCGUGGUAUCUGGACUGAUGAUCAUGGGAUCAGCUCAACUUGAUGUACUCAGCUUCGCUCUACAGAACAUUGGAAGAAAUGAAAACAACGCGGACUAUGAAGAGACAAUUACUUGUAUUAAACAUCAUCAAAACAUAAUAAAAUACGUUAACGAACUCGCAGAAAUAUUCGGAACAACAAUACUCUGUCAAUUUAUUACAAGUAGCAUCGUCGUUUGCAUGACACUUUUCAAAAUUACCUUAACAACGGAGGCUGUUGAAAUGGUUACGAUAAUAUUUUACCUUCUAUGCAUUUUCGUCGAGUUACUAAUGUACUGCUAUCCUGGUGAUUUACUUAUCAAUAAGAGUUUACUGAUAUCUGAAGCAGCAUUUCCCAACAACUGGUCUGGUGAUAUUCGGAGCCGACAAGCCUUGUUGCUGACAGCCUUGAGGGCACAGAAAGCCCUGCUAGUUAACGCUGGAGGGGUAUUGACAGUCUCAUUGCCGACUGCCGCUGCGGUGGUACGCUCAGCAUACUCUUAUUACACCGUUUUGAGACAGAAAAUGAAUGACAAUUAA